AUGAGGGAUCUGUCUAUUGCAGAUAGUUGGGGCAAACUGAGCAGUAAGGUGGUUUCAAAAGUUAUGUGGGUGCCGCCUCCUCAAGGCUUUUUUAAACUAAAUGUUGAUGGUGCGGUCACGGAGGAUUGGAUGAAAGGGGGUAUAGGAGGGAUUAUUAAAGAUGCAGGGGGUUCAUUGUUGGCUUUAUUCUCUGAGGCAAUUGGGAAAGGGUCUCCUACAAUUGCUAAAAUAUUAGUGAUUAAAAGGGGUUUGGAUAUUUCUUUGUUGUGUUUAUUGUUUAAUCAAAUUGUAGAGAUUUACAAGGAUAAAGAUGUGGAGAUCAGACAUAUUUCAAGAGAGGCUAAUUGGGAGGCGGAUAAGUUGGCAAAAGAGGGCAUUGAAUGA